GGUGGAUGUUUUUUACGCUUAAAUAUGGCGCUUAUUAUUAGCUGAAUUGCUAUCAAUAGAUUUACGAUUGUCUACAGAAUAAAACGAGAACUAGAAGACGCCCGACAAGCUAGAGGGAGAUGGACAAUAUUGUCAUAUAAUGUGACAACAUAGGCCAAGUCUAGCUAAUAAAUCACCCUACCUUUGUCGUAGGAACAAUUUGUGGAAAAUAACAGCAUUUACAUCAAGAGAAAAUACACAUUUGUUUCAUUGUUGGUGAUUUAAUGACAAUGAGGCUACAUCUUAUAACAUUUCUGGUAUCUGCUGGUAUCGUACAGGCGUCGGCAGCAAAGUCGUCUGCGGCGGAAGUGUACCAAAAACCUAUGUCGAAAAUAACGAAUGACAGAGUUCUACACCAUAUUGCAAGGUUAAAGUCGAAACCGAAGAGCUCUCUGUGGGCAAAGCAUUACAAAGGAACUGUGAAAAGAAGUUUUGACACUUUAGAUCUGGAUCAGUUACUUAACGAUCCUUUCUUCAAUGACAUAGAAAACGAGCCCUUGGAAAGCGAUAAAGACUACAAGGAGGACGCUUUUAACGACGAUUAUCUCGACUUAAGUGCUUUUGAUGAUCUCUUUAACCCUGACCAAGAUUCAUCUGAAGUAGAAAAGCAUGAACAUUUUAGUGACAAAAUGCAUCAUAAUGAAAUACCAAAUGUCAUACCCGAUGAAAUGGAAAAUGUGUUCAAUGAAUUAAACAACCUACCAAAAGAUAAGGAUCCAAUGUCAAACGUAAUACCUGGCGCAGAGGGACCAUUUGGGAUUCCAUCGCAACCAUAUUCCGGAUAUCAACACCAACCUUAUCAUUUUCCCGAGGCACAGCCUCCUCAACAUUUUGCGGAUCCCUUUUCCAGAAACAACUAUCCGGGUCCCGUUCCACCGCACCAUUCCCGAUAUUAUACCGAACCAUACUUGACCAAUAUUCCUCCAAGAGCACAAACUAACGCAGAUAAAAUGAUGGACGAAUUUAUGCAAUUUCUCUUUUUAAAAGAGACCGGGAUGUUAGAUCAGUGCAUGAGUCUACGAAGAAAACGAAAGUAAAAUACUUUUUGUUUAGACAUUCAUGUCAUUAAGUGUCUUAUGACAAAUUGUACGAUGGUGAUGAUGAUUCAAAACAGACGUCCAAAAUAGAUACAGUGUUAUUUUAUC